UCCAUCUAUAUAUCUAUAAUAAUAAUAAUGUGAAUGUGAAUGUAUGUGUAUAUAUAUACAAAUGCAUAUAAGACCAGAAAACCAUAUUUGUCUGUUGUAAGCCACCGUCCGGUCGGCAACAAAGCUUUAAGGGAUAGUUUGUGAUUUUUAAUUUCAUGAUGAUAAGUGUGAUGAAUUCUAUGGAAAAAAGCUUGGAUUCACAAUUAUGGCAUGCUUGUGCUGGUGGGAUGGUGCAAAUGCCAUUAGUGUACUCAAAGGUUUUUUACUUUCCACAAGGCCAUGUUGAACAUGCAGCUUUGGGGAAUGUGAACUUUGGGGAUUUCCCGAGAAUCCCGCCUUACAUUCUGUGUCAGGUAUCUGCGAUAAAGUUUAUGGCGGAUCCUGACACAGAUGAAGUGUACGUAAAAAUGGGACUUGUCCCAUUGAAAAACCAUAAUGAUUUUGGUGGUUCUUUUGAUAAUGAUGAUAGAAUUUUAGGGUUUGGUCAAAACAAGAAUGAGAAUCAAGAGAAUCCAACGUCGUUUGCAAAGACGUUGACUCAAUCGGAUGCUAACAAUGGUGGUGGAUUCUCGGUACCUAGGUACUGCGCUGACACGAUAUUCCCUAAGCUGGAUUACGCGGCUGAUCCACCGGUACAAACCAUUCAAGCUAAGGAUGUUCAUGGACAGAUUUGGAGGUUUAGGCAUAUUUAUAGAGGGACUCCACGUAGACAUCUUUUAACGACUGGCUGGAGCAAUUUUGUCAACAAUAAGAAGCUUGUAGCUGGUGAUUCUAUUGUGUUUGUUAGAUCUGAUAAUGGUGAACUUUGUGUCGGGAUUCGAAGGGCAAAUAGGGGAAGCAAUAAUGGUGGAUUUUUUGGGUUGGCAGGGGAAAAUGAGAACAAUAACCAGUAUUUUAAGAACCCAAAAGGGAAACUUAGCCCUGAAUCUGUAAUAGAAGCUGCGAAUUUAGCUGCAAAUGGUAAGCCUUUCGAGGUUUUUUACUACCCAAGGGCAAGCACUCCUGAGUUUUGUGUUAAAGCUUCAACUGUCAUGGCUGCAAUGAGGAUCCAAUGGUGUCCAGGGAUGAGGUUCAAGAUGCCAUUUGAGACGGAGGAUUCAUCUCGAAUAAGCUGGUUCAUGGGGACAGUUUCUUCAGUUCAUGUCAAUGAUCAAGUCCAUUGGCCUAAUUCUCCUUGGAGGCUCCUCCAGGUAACAUGGGAUGAACCAGACUUGUUACAAAACGUGAAACGAGUAAACCCAUGGUUGGUUGAAAUGGUGUCAAACAUGCCGGCAAUCCAUCUUUCACCCUUUUCUCCUGCAAGAAAAAAAGCCCGAAUUCCACAACCUCUCGAUUUCCCUCUUAUUUCGUCGCUCAUUGCUACCAACAACAUUCCCACAAGCAUCCAGGGAGCCAGGCAUAAUAGUUCUCAAUUGGAAACAGAUUCUAAUCAAAAUCCCCAAAUUAAAAAGAUUCCGUCUUUCCCAUUAGAGAUGCUGAAUAAUGAUGACCCUUUGAGUAAGAUCUCUUCACCGGUCAUAGAAAAAACGAAAGAAACCAAUGAAAAAGUCUCUAGCUUGCUACCAAUGGGGAACACUGACUUGCAUUCAAGUUUGAAAAAGAAUGACGACUACGAAAAAGAUAAGAAAAGACCUGUGUUUGUGCUGUUUGGUCAGCCAAUCUUGACUGAACAACAGCUAUCAGAGAGUUGGUCGGGUGAUGGUUCGGUGGUCCUGCAAAAUGGUCCAGUUCAAAGCUCGUCUGAUGAAGCUGGUCCAUGGCUCAAAGAACAAAAAUCUGACUUUGGGCUAGAAGCUAGUCAUUGCAAAGUUUCAAUGGACUCAUGACUUUUAGCUAAGUCAUGAAAAAAAAAAUUGUACAAAAUUAAAGCUUGCUACUAAGCAAAUACAAGCCGCAGGUUCAUCGGGACAGCACAAACGCUAACAAUGCUAAUGGAGUAGGAAAUAAGAUCGAGCAGCAUGUUUCCGCACGUACAUUUGUGAUAUUAGGAUUUUGUUUCGUUAGAUUCUUAUCUAUUUAUGUUUUUUUUCGUAUAUGGACAACUCCCAUUUGACUUAUUUUGAGACGUUUUAGCGUUUAGUUACAAUUUUGAUACUUUACUGAUGUGUUUGGAACCCGAAUUCUGGUGAAUCAUUUGGAUGAAAUGCAAUGGCUGUUGAUGCA